ACGUGGCCACGGGAGGAAGUUUCUUGAAGUUGUCCGCUCAUUCCGGAGCUCGGCCAGCGACCCGGCCGGAUCGCAGAGGCCUCCUUGCCUGGGAGAAGUAGAAGUUAGGGUGCUAGGGGAGAAGGCGCCCCGAGCCCGAGAGGCAGACUUUGCCAUUUUUUCUUUGCUUUUCUCUCGCCUUCUGGGCGCGCCGCCGGGAUCGGACUUGGGCAGCAGAGGAGGAGGAAAGAUCGGGGUCGCCAGCGCCGCUCCUCCGGGCAUAGCAAGCCCAAGCCCAGGACCCAGAGCCGCCUAGACUGUGUGCCGGGACGAAGCUCCGGGCGGGGUACUGGACCCCACUAGGAUUAUACAGCAGCGCGGAGCGGGAGAGGACCCCGGAGGACACCCCCUCCGGACUGGACACCAUGUGGAGGCUGCUGGUCUGUACUCUGCUGGCUCUCCAUCGGAUUCGCGUGGCCGGAGCCCAAGACGAUGUGUCCCCAUAUUUCAAGACGGAGCCUGUGCGGACACAGGUGCACCUGGAAGGGAACCGCCUGGUGCUCACAUGCAUGGCUGAGGGCAGCUGGCCGCUGGAGUUCAAGUGGCUCCACAACAACCGGGAGCUGACCAAGUUCUCCCUGGAGUACAGGUACAUGAUCACCAGCCUGGACCGCACCCACGCUGGCUUCUACCGCUGUGUUGUACGGAACCGGAUGGGGGCCCUGCUGCAGCGGCAGACUGAAGUCCAGGUGGCCUACAUGGGGAGCUUCGAGGAGGGCGAGAAGCACCAGAGCAUUUCCCACGGAGAAGCUGCCGUCAUCCGUGCCCCACGCAUUGCCAGCUUCCCCCGGCCGCAGGUGACCUGGUUCCGUGAUGGUCGCAAGAUCCCACCCAGCAGCCGCAUAGCCAUCACACUGGAGAACACCCUUGUCAUCCUGUCAACGGUGGCUCCCGAUGCAGGCCGCUACUAUGUGCAGGCUGUUAAUGACAAGAACGGAGAUAACAAGACCAGCCAGCCCAUCACUCUUGCGGUGGAGAAUGUCGGGGGCCCCGCUGACCCCAUUGCACCAACCAUCAUCGUCCCCCCCAAGAACACCAGUGUGGUGGCCGGGACCUCGGAGGUGACCAUGGAGUGUGUGGCCAAUGCCAGGCCCCUGACCAAGCUGCACAUCAUCUGGAAGAAGGGUGGGGCGCAGGUCUCCAGUGGUCUCAGCGACUACAACCGCCGCCUGACCAUCCCCAACCCCACGGUCGGCGACGCGGGCUACUACCAGUGCGAGGCUGUGCUGCGGAGCAGCAGCGUGGCCCCUGCCGUCCGGGGCGCCCACCUCUCCGUGCUGGAGCCGCCUCAGUUUGUCAAAGAGCCAGAGCGACACAUCACAGCCGAGAUGGAGAAGGUGGUGGACAUCCCCUGUCGGGCCAAAGGUGUGCCGGCACCCUCCAUCACCUGGUACAAGGACGCGGCUGUGGUGGAGGUGGAGAAGCUGGCCCGCUUCCGGCAGCGAGGUGACGGCGGCCUGCAGAUCAGCGGCCUGGUGCCCGAUGACACCGGCAUGUUCCAGUGCUUCGCACGCAACUCGGCUGGCGAGGUGCAGACCUCCACCUACCUGGCUGUCACCAGCAUCGCCCCCAACAUCACCAGGGGUCCCCUGGACAGCACGGUGAUUGACGGCACGUCAGUGGUAUUGGCAUGUGAGACCUCGGGCGCUCCCCGGCCAGCUAUCACUUGGCAGAAAGGGGAGCGCAUCCUGGCCAGCGGCUCGGUCCAGCUGCCCCGAUUCACACUCCUGGAGUCCGGCAGCCUGCUCAUCAGCCCCACCCAUAUCUCGGAUGCUGGCAGCUACACCUGUCUGGCCACCAACUCCCGGGGGGUCGACGAGGCCUCGGCAGACCUGGUCGUGUGGGCCCGGACCCGCAUCACCAGGCCUCCCCAGGACCAGAGCGUCAUCAAGGGCACGCAGGCCUCCAUGGUGUGUGGAGUGGCCCACGACCCCCGUGUCACCAUCAGGUACGUGUGGGAGAAGGAUGGGGCCACCCUGACCAUGGAGAGCAACCCGAGAAUCCGCCUGGACAAAAACGGCUCCCUGCACAUCACACAGACAUGGUCAGGGGACAUUGGCACGUACACCUGCCGGGUGCUCUCUGCCGGUGGCAAUGACUCCCGCAGUGCCCACCUUCGAGUCAGGCAACUGCCCCACGCCCCUGAGCACCCGGUGGCCACACUCAGCACCGCAGAGAGACGGGCCAUCAACUUGACAUGGGCCAAGCCCUUUGAUGGGAACAGCCCCCUGAUCCGCUAUGUCCUGGAGAUGUCGGAGAACAAUGCCCCCUGGACCACACUCCUGGCCAGUGUGGACCCGGAAGCCACCUCAGUGAUGGUCAAGGGCUUGGUUCCCGCCCGCUCCUACCAGUUCCGUCUCUGUGCCGUCAACGAUGUGGGCAAAGGACAGUUCAGCAAGGACACCGAGAGGGUCUCCCUCCCCGAGGAGCCUCCCACGGCCCCUCCCCAGAAUGUCAUCGCCAGUGGACGAACCAACCAGUCCAUCAUGAUCCAGUGGCAGCCACCUCCUGAGAGCCACCAGAACGGCAUCCUCAAGGGCUACAUCAUCAGGUACUGCCUGGCCGGGCUGCCUGUUGGGUACCAGUUUAAGAAUAUCACAGAUGCUGACGUCAACAACCUGUUGCUAGAGGACCUCAUCAUCUGGACCAACUACGAGAUCGAAGUGGCCGCCUACAAUAGUGCCGGCCUGGGCGUCUACAGCAGCAAGGUCACCGAGUGGACGCUGCAGGGAGUUCCCACGGUCCCGCCGGGCAACGUGCAUGCCGAAGCCACCAAUUCCACGGCCAUCCGCUUCACCUGGAACGCCCCCAGCCCCCAGUUCAUCAAUGGCAUCAACCAGGGCUACAAGCUGAUCGCCUGGGAGCCUGAGCAGGAAGAGGAGGUUACCAUGGUGACCGCCAGGCCCAACUUCCAAGACAGCAUCCAUGUGGGCUUUGUGUCUGGCCUGAAGAAGUUCACCGAGUACUUCACCUCCGUGCUCUGCUUCACCACACCUGGGGAUGGGCCCCGCAGCAGCCCCCAGCUGGUGCGCACCCACGAGGAUGUGCCGGGGCCUGUGGGACACCUGAGCUUCAGUGACAUCCUGGACACUUCACUGAAGGUCAGCUGGCAGGAGCCGGGAGAGAAGAAUGGCAUCCUCACAGGGUACCGGAUCUCCUGGGAAGAGUACAACCGAACCAACACCCGAGUGACCCACUACCUGCCCAACGUGACCCUGGAGUACCGCGUCACCGGGCUCACAGCGCUCACCACCUACACCAUCGAGGUGGCCGCCAUGACCGCCAAAGGCCAGGGCCAGGUGUCAGCCUCCACCAUCUCCUCGGGAGUGCCUCCAGAACUCCCUGGAGCCCCUACCAACCUGGGGAUUUCCAAUAUCGGUCCCCGCUCAGUGACCUUACAGUUCAGACCGGGCUACGAUGGGAAGACUUCCAUCUCCCGCUGGCUGGUGGAGGCUCAGGUGGGCGUGGUCGGGGAAGGAGAGGAGUGGCUGCUGCUUCACCAGCUCAGCAACGAGCCAGACGCCCGCUCCAUGGAGGUCCCAGACCUCAACCCCUUCACGUACUACAGCUUCCGCAUGCGUCAGGUGAACAUCGUGGGCACCAGUCCACCCAGUCAGCCUUCUAGAAAGAUCCAGACCCUCCAGGCACCUCCUGACAUGGCCCCAGCCAACGUGACUCUGCGCACGGCUAGCGAGACCAGCCUGUGGCUCCGAUGGAUGCCUCUCCCAGAGAUGGAAUACAAUGGCAACCCUGAGUCAGUGGGCUACAAGAUCAAGUACAGCAGGUCUGACGGCCACGGGAAGACCCUGAGCCACGUGGUGCCGGACCGCGUGGAGCGGGAGUAUACCAUUGAGGACCUGGAGGAGUGGACGGAGUACCGCGUGCAGGUCCAGGCCUUCAACGCCAUUGGGAGUGGGCCCUGGAGCCCGGCGGUGCUCGGCAGGACCCGGGAGUCAGUCCCAUCCUCCGGCCCCACCAACGUGUCGGCACUGGCCACCACCUCCAGCAGCAUGCUCGUGCGCUGGAAUGAAAUCCCUGAGGCUGACCGAAAUGGGCUCAUACUGGGCUAUAAGGUGAGAUACAAGGAGAAGGACUCGGACUCCCAGCCCCGCUUCUGGCUGGUGGAAGGCAAUGCGUCCCGCAGUGCACAGCUCACCGGCCUGGGGAAGUACGUGCUCUACGAGGUGCAGGUGCUGGCCUUCACGCGCAUCGGCGACGGCAGCCCCAGCCAGCCCCCAAUCCUGGAGCGCACACUGGACGAUGUCCCUGGACCACCCAUGGGCAUCCUGUUCCCGGAAGUUAGGACCACGUCAGUGCGGCUGAUCUGGCAGCCCCCUGCGUCCCCCAAUGGCAUCAUCCUGGCCUACCAGAUCACGCAUCGGCUCAAUGCCACCACGGCCAACACCGCUGCAGUGGAAGUGCUGGACCCGAGCGCGCGCCAGUUCACAGCCUCCGGCCUCAAGCCAGAAUCUGUCUACCUGUUCCGCAUCACGGCUCAGACCCGCAAAGGAUGGGGAGAGGCCGCCGAGGCCUUAGUAGUGACCACCGAGAAGAGAGACCGCCCGCAGCCCCCCAGCAAGCCUGUGGUGCAGCAGGAAGAUGUGAAGGCUCGAAGUGUGCUGCUGUCCUGGGAGCCGGGCAGCGAUGGGCUGUCCCCGGUGCGCUACUACACCAUCCAGACCCGCGAGCUGCCCGGCGGCAGGUGGGCGCUGCACUCGGCCUCUGUGAGCCACAACGCCUCCAGCUUCACUGUGGACAGGCUGAAGCCCUUCACAUCCUACAAGUUCCGAGUGAAGGCGACCAACGACAUUGGAGACAGCGAGUUCAGUGAGGACUCCGAGUCGCUGACCACACUGCAGGCUGCCCCUGAUGAAGCCCCCACCGUCCUCUCCGUGACACCCCACACCACCACCUCCGUGCUGAUCCGAUGGCAGCCACCAGCCGAGGACAAGGUCAACGGCAUCCUCCUGGGCUUCCGAAUCCGGUACAGGGAGCUGCUCUACGAAGGCCUGAGGGGCUUCACUCUUCGAGACAUCAACAACCCUGGGGCUAAGUGGGCGGAGCUCACCUCCCUGUACUCCAUGCGGAACCUGAGCCGGCCCAGCCUCACGCAGUACGAGCUGGAGAACCUGAACAAGCACAGGCGGUACGAGAUCCGGAUGAGCGUGUACAACGCUGUGGGCGAGGGGCCUCUGAGCUCCCCACAGGAGGUCUUCGUCGGGGAGGCCGUGCCCACAGCAGCGCCCCGGAAUGUGGCUGUCCACGGUGCCACAGCCACACAGCUGGACGUGACAUGGGAGCCACCCCCUCUGGACAGCCAGAACGGAGACAUCCAGGGCUACAAGAUUUAUUUCUGGGAAGCCCAGCGGAAGAACCUCACUGAGCGAGUGAAGACUCUUUUCCUGGCUGAGAACGGUGUGAAGCUCAAGAACCUGACCGGCUACACUGCCUACAUGGUCAGCGUGGCGGCCUUCAAUGCCGCAGGAGACGGACCACGGAGCACCCCUGUCCGGGGCCAGACGCAGCAAGCAGCCCCCAGUGCUCCCAGCUCGGUCAAGUUCAGCGAGCUGACCACGACCUCGGUGAACGUGUCCUGGGAAGACCCACAGUUCCCCAAUGGCAUCCUGGAGGGCUACCGGCUGGUGUACGAGCCCUGCACCCCAGUGGAUGGGGUCAGCAAGAUUGUGACAGUGGACGUGAAGGGGAACAGCCCCCUAUGGCUAAAGGUGAAGGACCUGGCCGAGGGCAUGACCUACAGGUUCCGCAUCAAAGCCAAGACCUUCACCUAUGGGCCAGAGAUCGAAGCCAAUGUCACCACAGGCCCUGGAGAAGGCGCGCCAGGACCGCCGGGGGUGCCAAUCAUCGUGCGGUACAGCUCUGCCAUCGCCAUCCACUGGUCCAGCGGAGACCCUGGCAAAGGGCCCAUCACCCGCUACGUCAUAGAGGCCCGGCCUUCAGACGAGGGGCUCUGGGACAUCCUCAUCAAAGACAUCCCCAAGGAGGUGAGCUCCUACACCUUCAGCAUGGACAUCCUGAAGCCGGGCGUGAGCUAUGACUUUCGGGUCAUCGCAGUCAAUGAUUACGGCUUUGGCACCCCCAGCAGCCCCUCCCAGUCUGUGCCAGCCCAGAAAGCCAACCCCUUCUACGAGGAGUGGUGGUUCCUGGUGGUCAUUGCCCUCGUGGGCCUCAUCUUCAUCCUGCUUCUGGUCUUUGUGCUCAUCAUCCGGGGGCAGAGCAAAAAGUACGCCAAGAAGACAGACUCCGUUUUCCCCCCAGGGAGCAGUGCCAAGUCCGGAGGCCUAGGUCAUGGGGAGAUGAUGAGCUUGGAUGAAAGCAGUUUCCCAGCCCUGGAACUUAACAACCGGAGGCUGUCGGUCAAGAACUCCUUCUGCCGGAAGAAUGGCCUGUACACCAGGUCUCCUCCGAGGCCCAGCCCUGGAAGCCUCCACUACUCUGAUGAGGAUGUCACCAAGUAUAACGACCUCAUCCCGGCCGAAAGCAGCAGUCUGACUGAGAAGCCCUCGGAAAUCUCAGACUCUCAGGGAAGUGACAGUGAGUAUGAGGUCGACCCGAACCCCCAGAAGGCCCACUCCUUUGUCAACCACUACAUCAGUGACCCCACCUACUACAACUCCUGGCGGCGCCAGCAGAAAGGCAUCUCGCGGGCCCAGGCAUACAGCUACACAGAGAGCGACUCUGGUGAGCCAGACCACGCCACCAUUGCCAACAGCAACAGCACCCAGCAGGGGAGCCUCUUUAGGCCCAAGGCCAGCCGGACUCCAACGCCCCAAAACCCCCCCAACCCCCCAAGUCAGCAAAGCACCCUCUACCGUCCCCCCAGCAGCCUUGCCCCGGGCUCCCGGGCUCCUAUAGCAGGAUUUUCAUCAUUUGUUUGACGUCAGAAGGGGAAGAAGAACGAACAAAACGACACCAAACUCCUCCUUUGCCACUUCCUCACCGCCUGCCAGAAAACAAAAACACCAAGAAACAAAGUCAAUUUUUCACGUCCUGAGUUUAUUUUUCCAGAGAUUCCAGGGCCAGUAAAGCUGGCGCUAAGAAGGAGGAAGAAAAAGAAACACGAGAGGACGUGUGUGGCCAGCAGUGGGUGGGCUUUGAGAUUGUGGUGUCCACCGCGAUAGCAGAGGACUCAGUGGGUUGGGUCCUUGGAGACAGGGAGGAAGAGAAGCCAGAGGGCUGGGAGGCAGGGGUGGCUGCAGGGUGGAGAAGCUUUCGGGACAUCUAGUCAACUGCCCCCUUCCCACGUGUGCUGGAUCCUGGCCACUUCUGGCCAUUCUUUUGCAAAAAGGAUGGGUGUCCCAGAGGCAAAGCCAGCCUUCUCUCUUGCCCUUUCUCCUGGCAGGUGUCCCACGGCCUCGCCUAGCCCCCUUCCCUGCCUCAUCAGCAUCCACUGCUCACCUCCCUUGCUCAACUUCUCCACCAAGCCUCUGGUUUAUUAAGAAAAAAAGAAAAGCAACUAAAGAGUGAGGAGCUGCUUAGCAACUUCCUUGUUCCUGGAUAUUUUUUAAAUUGCGACUCCAAGGAAAAGGACUGGAGGACUAAGCAGAGUCCUCACACAGCCACGCAGCCAAACCCUGCCUCCCUUUGCUUGAGUUCAGUUUCGGAGCACAGAAGAGGGGUGCGUUCCGGGGAACGGAAGUGUAGGAUGGCUGCCUAGCUCCAGCCUGGGGAGGACCAGGGUUAAUGCCUUGCAGGAAGUCGAAAAUGGAAGGAUGGAGCUUUGACUAUUCUUUCUUCUAGUCCAGGUAAAGGAGAGAAACGAGGAUACCAUCACAAGGAAAUUCAGCUUGGCUAGGUUGGGGAGCUUGGUAGGUGAGGAUCACUGUUGGGGUGCACACACCAUUCUCCCCUGGACAAACACCGUCUAGCACUCCUGCACAUGUGCACAUGUCCGCUUCCAGGAAAUGGGCUUGGGGAUCCUCUCCCCACCUCCCCAACAGCACAUCACUUUCAGGUCUGUCCCUCCACCUGUCCACCCAGAGCCUCCUAAGCACAGCACACAGGAGCUCAGAGUGGUGGCCUAGUCCCUUGUCCAGAGGCCAGAGCAGCCGCAGUCUGCCCAGAAUUGAGUUUACAGAGUCAAAGGACACCCCAAUCCCCAGUGAUGUCUUCCAGGCUGUGAUUGGCUGGGCCCAGCUGGGCCAGAGCUGGGAGCAAGCAGUAGCCCCCUGGGCGAACUGAACACAGCCUCUGAGAUGCAUGGCUAGCCGGGCCAGGAGGGGUGGAUCAUGUGGGACCUGGGGACAGGAAAAGCUAACCGGAAGCAAAGCUUUUACACACACACAAUCUGCUCCAAGGAAUGUUCUUUAAAAAGCUGCUUCUGAUGGCCUGAUCUUCCCAUCAGCUUGAGACUUCACAUGCAAGGGUUAGGGAGGAGCCUUUCGGACAGAUUCCCUGGGCUGUCUGAGGCCCCUGGGGACUCCAGCCAGCCCUGUGAAGCUGGCCUGAGGCCCAUGCACUGCUGGGGAUGGAUAAAUGGCUGCCUCUCUUAGCCAGGGCCUGUCUAAUUCCGUGCAGGGGCCCUUAGUGAGCAGGGUUCCCUGGCAGUGCCCAACAUGAGCCCUGCAGCCCUGCCCUGGAGAAGGCAAGGCCCUGUUUAGGAGGAUGAGAAGAGGCAGGGGAGCCCCAAGUGGGGAGUGCGUGGACAAGCCAAGGAGAGAGCCUGUACCCAGCCUACCUGCCCCAAAUUAGCCAUUGUGCUAAUGGCAACUGGGGAGGGAAGUCAAGGUCAGGGCCCUAGAAAGGACAGAGCUUCCCAAGCUGUGUGGACUCCCCCAACACACUUGCCCCCUGGGAAAUGUGAAUGGGGAGAUUCGACUCUGCUGCUGGAUGCAGACAGUGACUUCUCCAUAAGAUUGGCAGGGAACCCCAGUCUUUCCCCCACAGCAGGACAAGGGGCUGCAGCUUCACCCCUCUGGAGAGUCUCAAAGACUUAUCAGAAGCUGCUGUGGCCCCAGCCCCUGUGGCAUCUGCAUCUCCAUGGCAGCACAUCUGCAGCCUCGCUUGGAAUCUCCCUGCUGCAUUUUCUUUUUUUUCCUGCUCAUCUGUUUUUUUAACAACUUCAUCUUUUUUCUUCUCUGUGAAGUGUUUAACCAUUUAAGGAAGUUCCCACUUUGCAUUAGGGGAUUAUUUUAACCCAGGCCGGUGAGAGUUUGGGGGAGCAAGGAGGGGUGAGUAGAAACAUUGUGUGUAUGUGUGUAUAUAUUGCACAUGAGGCCAAUUUUCUUUUGCCUUCAAUGAGUCACCUGGUGCACUAUGCUAUCUCCUUCCCCCUUCCCACAUACUCAUUUACACCUGUGCUGACACCCUCAUGCACACAGUGAUGGUGCCCUUGUACACCUGUGCUCAUGCACACACAGAUAUGCACACAACACACACCCAUGUGUGUGUGUUAGUAAAGGGGCUCUUGCAGGUCAUUCUGAUGCCCCAGCUGUAUCUCCCCAAUUAGGCACAUGUGGCCUGGGUGACGUGCACUUGGGGUGUAUUGGAGAUCUGUGACCUGAGGAAGUAAGAACACUACAAACCACAACUCCAAGAGGAGCCCAGGAAAUCAGGCUGGGACCAUGGUAAAAGUCCUCCUCUUAGUCAAUACCUACCCACCUGCAGGGUUCCCUCCACUGCCCCAGCCACAUCUGGGGACCCAGGAGUGUCUCCAGCUGUGGAACCUUAGGUUUUUUGAAGAAGACAUCUUUUUGCCCCUGUUUACAUAUCUUCUGGGGCAGAGGGGGCUCCUAGCACCUCCUCCCAGACACCUGACCACAUUAGAAGGGUCUUAGGGAACCUUCCAGGCCUUUGCUUCCCUGAGCCUGGACCCCUGGCUGUGUGGCUGUCUCAGAAGCAGGUUCACACCAGAACACACCUGGCCCUUUCGGUGUUGCCUCAGUGCCCUAAGGAAAUCUGGUGGUGUACCCGAAAGCCCACGUUGGCACACCAGGCUCCUCUUUCCCCUCCUGACGGUGCCUCCUGGGUUCGCCGGAGCUCUGCGCCUAGACUGCCACAUAAACCAAAUAGCUGCUCUGGGUUCCGGAAGCACCUUCCUCCUAGGGCUCCAGCAAGUUUGCAGACCCAAGCUGCCUCCCCUCUGUCCCCCACUGCCACCCCCAAACUGACACUGCCAUGAGUCAGAGGGAACAAGGCCACAGCAGGGCUGCCGUGUCCAGCACGUGCUUCUUGAGGCCUUCUGUCGCUGCCCGUGCCUCCUGAGCAGCCCUUCCAAAGGUGCCAGAGCCUCACCACAGGCCUCCCUGGCCAGGGACUUCCCUUACCAACCCAGAGAGCACAGGGAGCCCACACUGGGUGAGGUCAGCGCGCAGGAGGGCAGAAGGGGACCCUCUGAGCAGCUGCACCAGCUCGUGAGUGCCUCUGUACGGUCCUGUUCCGGGACGCCCGCCCUGCCCUGACCGCUGCCCCAAGCACAGGUGCACUCUCGGGAGCACCUGCUCUUCUCUGUUUCCAUAAGAAUAACCAAAAGCGUUGAAACAUGUUACCUUUCCUCACCCAUGCAGACUCCCCAAACAAAAAUCAAUACAAAUCUUUAUUUUUUUGAUUUAAAAGAUAUAAUGAGAAAUUACGGGGAAAGUAUUCAUUAUGGCAGGUGUCUAUGUGUAAGAAAAAUAUAUAUAUCUGUAUGUCAUAUAGCUUGUUAGCAGGUUUAUUUUUUAAAUGAAAGGUUAAAAAAAAGAAACUGAUUUGAAAUAUAUACCAUGAGAAGUCCCAUGUCCUGUCAAAUUGUUAGUAUUUUAUAAAUAAACUUUUCUUUUAGA